UAAAAAGAAAAAGGGAAAAAGAAAGUCUUUUUCUCGACCUCACAAGAAAAUAGGGUAAACCCUGAUAUUUGAAGCUUUUGAGAAUACGAUUAUUCAAAUGUCUACUGGGAGCUCUGAGAUGCUGUCAAGGGAGCAAUUGCUUCAUCUCUUUGAUCGGUUCGCCUUCCUUACCUCUCAGCCCGACGUGAAGAAAAGAAUUGCAGAUGGGGUUGAGGAUAAGCAGGAAGCUGUAGCUGUGACCACUGCUAUCCAAGAAGAGAUAUUUCUGGAAAUGGGUAUUGAUCCAAGGUUUGGCAUAUCAUGCCUGGGAAAGGUGAAUAUAAACUAUGAGCAUGAUCAGGAUAUGAUGAUUCGCUUCUAUAAGUUCAUUGCAAGGGAAGAGUUGGCCUGUGAUGAAGCCGAGCUUGGAGCAGAUGAGUUUGCUGAAAGGAUGCAGAUUCAAGAAAAAAUGCAGCAGCAGCAACUGGAGAUGCUGAAGCAAAUGCGCAAAUUUCCCCUAGAUGAUCAAUCUGCAAUCCUAGAAAAGUUGCGCCAGCAGAUGGAAAUCGCCAACUUUGAGGAUGCUGCAUCAGUAUUGUCAUGGGAGCAGAUUCAGGAGAUUGUUCAAAGGAGGGUAUCACCUUUAUUUAACCCCAAGUAGAUAGAUUGGGAUAUGCAUCAGUUAACCAAUGUAGCUUGUCUAGACUGGGUUAUCCUGGCCCUUUAUUCUUGUCGUAAUUACUCAUCAAAUGCAGAAUUGAAUGGAAUGAAGUUAUGGAGUAUGUUUUCUGUUGAUUUAAA